CCUCGUUUUUGCAAGUUAUUGUUGCUAAUUGUAUGCCCCCUUGUUAGAUGUUGCGUGCCCCCCUGUUAGUCAUGGUCUGGCGCCGGCUCUGCAACAGCUCCUCCAAAGCGUCCACCACAUCAGCCUCCGCGGCAGAAGUAUCAGCACAAAAUACUAGCAUUAUCGAUUUGGCCGAGGCAAUCACUCCACACCAACCAGCCAACUUCAGAUUUCCUGGAAGGCAGUUCAGAAAAGAGACAUUUUCUCGUCAUUUAAUACAAACUGGUUCAACAAAUGGAGGUGGCUGCAUUGAGGAAGGUGAUCGCGUUGUCUGUUUUAGCUGUGUGAAAGCAGUGGAAAAACGUCUCAUUAAUGAAGAUAGUGUGAGGUUUGACAGCAGUUUUGUAAAGGGAGGCUUCACAAACUGGUGGAAAGCCACAGAAAAAUUCAACGAACAAGAGAAGUCUAAACUUCAUUGCGAUGCCAUUCAAAAAAUCGCUGUCGCUGGACAAAACACCCCAAUUACUGCUAUUUUAUCUGAUGCUGCCCGCCAAGCUCAAGAUACAGCAAGGCAUGUUUUGGAGCUAAUGUUCAGGUCAGUUCUCUUCCUAGGAAAAAAGGGGGUGGCUUUUCGGGGUGACAGCACACGUGAUGGCAUUUUUUUAUGAACUGAUGCUACAUACGUAGCGUACAUACAAUCUCCCAAGAGAGAGACAGUGGGUUAAAGGGGAAAUAACUGGCUCUCGGACACGAUCCAGAAUGAAAUCAUUCAACAGUAUGCCUGCGCAAAUCAACAUAAGAUUGUAUCCCGUGCCUCAAAUAGUCUGUUCUAUGGACUGACAGCUGAUGGUCACUCUGAUUUUCUUGGAUUUUACAGUGCCCCUGACAGCAGUGGAGAGACCCUGUUCAGGUGCAUCAAAGAUGUAUUUCUCAGGCUGAACAUCCCAUUAGAGCGUCUCCAUGGAUAUUGUUUCGAUGGAGCUUCUAACAUGUCAGGACGGUUUUUGGGUGUUCAGGCGUGGCUAAAAAAAUCAUGCCCAGAGUCCUUCUUCGUCCACUGUGCCAACCAUUCACUUGACUUAGUUCUUCAGGAGGCUGCACGUGAGGUGCGUCUCAUUGCGGAUUCAGGUAACUUUGUUCAGGGUGUAGCUGUGGUAAUCCGUGAGUCAGCAAAACGCAAGGAUCUCUAUUAGUCAAUGUUUGGCUGCGAUGAUGUAGUUACCUUACUGGCCAUAUGUCCAACAAGAUGGUGCAUACAGACAACAGCUAUCAAACGUGUGUGUAGUGGCUACAGAGAAAUAACCAAAACAAUGGAGCAGCUUAAGGAGGACAGGAGUGUUAGAGGAGAUAUCAGAGUGAAGAUCAGAGGCUUGCACAAGCAAGCAAUGAAAGCAAAAACCUAUUAUGGGCUCCUUUGUUGUGAAGCAAUAUUCGAGCCAUGUGAGUUGGUGGCCAGGAGUUUGCAGCAAACCAAAGCCAGUGCACUGGGCGCCCUUAAGUGUGCUGAACUGCUUGAUGCAUGGAGGCCCUUCAGGAUGAUGCAAUGGUGGAUAAAAUGCUACAAACUGUAUCCUCAGCAGGACUUAAAAUGUCAGAUGAGAAAAGGAUGACAAAACCCCCAACACACUAUCGACACACAGCAGAGCCAGAGGCAGAAUCACAAGUUGCACAACACUCAUUUUGGAGACGAGAAUUUUAUGAAGCUGUGGACUUGGUCAGAGCAGAAGUAAAGAGGAGAUUUGAUCAAGAUGGUGUGAAAACAGCAGCUCUCAGAGAAAACAUGUUUAUAACGGCAGCCAACAAGAAGCAAAUUGUAGAUGUAGAUUCUGUUCACCUGCCACAUCAGAUUGACAAACAAAGACUGGAGAUCCAGCUGAAAAUGAUGGGAGAUCUUUGCAGUGAUUCCAUCGAUACAGUAAAAGACAUCACAACAGCCAUGUUUAAACUCCAUCCACAAACAAGAGCUCUUUUCAAAGAAGUUGAAAACCUCCCCAUGAAAGUCUCCUCAUCUCAGCUGCUUCAUCAGAGAGAACAUUUUCUGCUCUCCGCCGUCUGAAGACAUGGUUACGCACAACCAUGACGCAAAAACGACUGACCCACCUUGCUCUGAUGCAUGUUCAUGGAGAUAUUUUGGACAGUUUAGACAUUGAUGCCCUCAUGUGUGACUUCAUCAGCAUCAGCCCAGAGAGAAAGGCCACAUUUGGAGUUCUGCAUACAGGCAGGCAGUAAAGGUGAGGACACGUUCGAGAUGCACUCGUUGCAGCUCGAGCUGGAGGCCUUGGAGAAGCAGAUCCAGGAGCUGUUGGUGAGGCAGACCGAGCUGAGAGACCAGAGAGCCGCUCUGGACUCCUCCCGGGUAAGUAACGUUAUACAGCGCGAUACUAACACUCUGACCACCUCUACUCCGUGUGCUUCUCUGCACAGCUCCCAUGCACCCUGGACGCGAUCUUCCCAGAUGUCCUUCACUCCGGUGCCGGGACACCACGGACCCUGGGUGCAGCAGCAGCAGAAGACGCAAGCCAGGCCCCGGCCGAGGACCUCGCCGCCUCCGGUCUUCGAGAUCUCCACCCGGAACCGCUUCGCUCCCCUCCGCGAGACGGAACGCGACGCUGUGAUUGUCGGAAACUCCAUUGUCCGGUACGUACGUGAUACUUUAGCUAAAGGUAAAUUCCACACCCACUGUUUUCCUGGUGCUCGCGUUCUCGAUGUUUCUGCGCAGAUACCCGCAAUCCUGAAGGACGGCGAGAGCGUCGGCGCGAUCGUCCUGCCGUUUUAGCUACUGUAUAUAGACCGCCAGGGCCAUAUACAGAUUUCCUAAAAGAAUUUGCAGAAUUCCUUUCAGAACUAUUGGUUAAUUUUGAUAAAGUGCUAAUUGUCGGAGAUUUUAACAUUCACGUUGAUAAUACAAAUGAUGCGUUAGGACUUGCGUUUACUGACCUAAUAAACUCUUUUGGAGUCAAGCAAAAUGUCACUGGGCCCACUCAUCGUUUUAAUCAUACGCUAGAUUUAAUUAUAUCGCAUGGAAUUGAUCUUACUGAUAUAGAUAUCGUACCUCAGAGUGAUGAUGUUUCUGACCAUUUCCUUGUAUCGUGCAUGCUGCGUAUCACUGAUAUUAACUAUAUGGCAAUAGUCUUGGCAGAACUAUUGUUCCAGCCACCGAAGAUAGAUUUACAAAUAACCUGCGUGAUUUAUCUCAGCUGCUCUGUGUACCCCUUAAUACACAGGAUCUAGACAAAAUGACUAGCAAUAUGGGCACCAUCUUCUCCGACACGUUAGAAGCUGUUGCCCCCAUCAAAUUGAAAAAAGUUAGAGAAAAACGUAUUGCGCCAUGGUACAACAGUAAUACCCAUUCCCUCAAGAAAGAAACUCGCAAUCUUGAGCGCAAAUGGAGAAAAACUAACUUGGAAGUUUUUAGAAUUGCAUGGAAAAACUGUAUG